AAUGAUUUAUUUCCCUAGUUUAUAUUAUAAAAAAUGAAUAAUAAAUAUUUUAAUUUCUGAUUUUAUGAGAGCUAAUAUUUUUAAUAUUUGAAAGUAGACUAUGAAACAACAGUAGCUGAAGUAUCUAAGAUACUGUCGACAUGAGAAAUAGUUGGUAGAAGUUAUCUAUAACCAUCGUGUAGUCGUCUGCAGAAAAUUUCAUUUGGCGGAAAUUUUAAAUGGAAAUAAAUAAAUAAACAUAUUUAUAGCAUGCCAAUCAUUUUUCUUUUUUUAAAUAUAUAUUUUUAAAGUCAUUGAAAUACAUGGCUUCAAAGCUGAAUGCACAAGGUAGUCAGGAUAACUGCGAAUAUGUAUUGGAAGCUUCUAUUGACAACACUAGAAAUUUAUCGCAGUUACUCAAAGCUAUUCAUUUUAGAGAAGUAGCUAUUAUCUGUGCUACAUCUGAUGGACUUAAAGUAACUGUAGAAGAUACAAAAUCAGUUCAAGGAAAUGCAUAUAUUCAGUCAUCACUGUUUCAUGAUUAUAUCAUCAAAGAGCAAACUGUAAUCUUCAAAAUAAAUCUCAGUGUUUUACUGGAAUGUCUCAAUAUUUUUGGUAGCAAGAGUAACCCAAGCUCAGUGACUACAGUUAAGCUUUGCUAUGCAGGUUAUGGAUCACCUUUAGUUCUGCUAUUAGAAGAAAAUGGUGUACUGACUGACUGCAAGUUACAAACCUUAGAACCUGAUGACAUCCUUGACUUUGAAUUUACUCCUUCUAAAGUUGUCAAUAAGAUAAUUAUGCAAUCUGAGAUUUUAAAAGAAGCAUGGGGAGAUUUAGAUAUGAACAGUGAAGUACUUGAAAUUCUGAUGUCACCAAAUGAACCAUAUUUUCAACUUGCUACAAAAGGGACUCUUGCAACAAUUUAUAUAAAUCUCUCAAAAGAUUCUGACAUGAUUGAAUUGUUUGAUUGUAAUUCUACUGUAAAAAAUAGAUAUCAAAUUUUCCUUAUAAAACCAUCUUUACGAGCAUUAAUCCAGUCUUCAAAAGUCUCAAUUCGAACAGAUGACAGAGGUUUCCUUUGUAUGCAGUAUAUGAUUAAAAUAGAAGGAUCACAAUGUUGUUUUGUUGAGUAUUUGUGUUCUCCGAAUAUCUCUGAUGAUAAUGAAUGAUGUAGCAAGAAACUUUGUCAAAACAGUGUUGUAAUAUCUGAUAAACUGCAUGUCCAACCACUGACUAGAGAUUUGAUAUUGAUUUCUCUACACACUGAAGAUAUCUGUUGGUAAAAAGUUUGCUUUUCAAAAAUGUAUUUGAAAGUGCUCUUGAAAAGACAAUUAUUACAGAUGCUUCUAUUCAAUACAAAAAUUAAUUUUAGUGCAAAUAUUUUUGUACAGCAUAAAUUAUUAUUCUUUGUAUAUAUGUAUAGAUUUUAUUCAUAUAUAAUGCACAUAUUUUUCACAUCUGAAUGUAAUAAUUA